GUGAUUUUUACUAGUGAAUUAAAUAUUUAAUAAAAUGUCAUCAUUGGGAAUGUACGAAUUAACUCAUCCCGAAUCACUGUCAGAAUCACAACUUAAGGAAAUUUUAGAAAAUAGGUGCAUUGACUUCAGUGAUUAUAAACAUUUCUCUAAAUCUGACCUGAUAGAACUAUAUAAACGGGUGGCUUUGCCAUUGCCCCAGAGACAAUCUGAAAACAUUCAAAACUUUGAUACAAAAGGAUAUAAUGAGGAAAUAUAUUCUACUAAUGAAUUUCAUAGGAAGUUAGUUUUAUUGACCAGUACAUGUAGUACAAAAGCAAGUUUAAAUGAAACAAUAAAAACACCUGCAACUUCUUCUGUGAGAUCAAAGUCCUCUAUAAAUGAAUUUAAACAAACAUCUAAGAAAAUACGUUUGUGUAAUUCAAAUAAUGUUCUAAAAUAUAAUGGUAUUGAUAAACGUAUUAGUGAUGAAAAACAUGAUGGAGCUUCACCGAAGAAGAAACAAAAGAUUACAUGGCCAUAA